UUGACACUACUCUGUUCUGUUCUCCAGAGUCCGAAACCCGAUCUCACUUUUUCUGCAUCUUUCAAGAAAGGUUUCUAUUCAUGGCGGACGAAGCAAAAGCCAAAGGCAAUGCUGCCUUCUCCGCCGGAAACUAUACCGAAGCAAUCAGUCACUUCACGGAAGCGAUUACCCUUGCUCCUGAUAAUCAUGUCCUUUAUUCGAAUCGAUCGGCAUCAUACGCUUCCCUAGGUCAAUUCGCCGAGGCAUUAACCGAUGCUAAGAAGACCGUCGAGCUGAAGCCGUAUUGGUCUAAAGGCUAUUCUCGCCUUGGCGCCUCUUAUAUGGGUCUCCACCGCAACGAUGAGGCUGUUAUGUCGUAUAAAAAAGGUCUAGACAUCGAUCCCACCAACGAAGCUCUUAAAUCUGGCCUAUCCGAUGCUGAAUCAGCCACCGUUAGGUCUCGUGGUCCACCUCCGUCAUCUUCUCCUUUUGGGGAUUCUUUCGCUGGGCCAGAGAUGUGGGCGAAGCUUACUGCUGAUCCCAACACUAGGGUCUUUAUGCAACAACCUGAUUUCGUUAAGAUGAUGCAGGAUAUUCAGAAAAACCCUAGUAAUUUGAAUCUGCAUUUGAUGGAUCAGAGGGUUAUGAAAGCUCUGGGUGUACUAUUAAAUGUGAAGAUCUCAACCCAAAAUGGUGCAGAAGAUAUGGACUUGCCAGAUUCCGAGUCGCUUGAAGUAAAUAGGCCAGAGCUACCGAAGAAGAAUAAAGAACCAGAACCAGAGCCAGAGCCAGAGCCGGAGUCAGAAGAAUUGUUGGAGGCGAGAGAAGCCAAGGAGAGGAAAGCACAGGCGCAGAAAGAGAAGGAGUCUGGCAAUGCUUUCUACAAGAAGAAGGAUUUUGAUACGGCAAUUCAGCAUUAUACCAAGGCGCUCGAAUUGGACGAUGAAGAUAUUUCUUAUCUUACAAACAGAGCAGCUGUAUACUUGGAGAUGGGCAAGUAUGAAGAAUGCAUAAAGGACUGCGAUAGAGCGGUAGAGAGAGGUAGAGAGCUCAGAUCAGACUACAAGAUGGUUGCAAGGGCUUUAACCCGAAAAGGAUCUGCCAUGAUGAAAACUGCAAAGUGUUCAAAGGAUUACGAACCAGUGAUAGAGACUUUCCAGAAAGCCCUGACCGAACACCGAAAUCCCGAGACUUUAAAGAAGCUGAAUGAUGCAGAGAAAGCAAAGAAAGAGCUUGAACAAGAAGAGUAUCUUGACCCAAACCUUGCCGAUGAAGAGCGUGAGAAAGGUAACGAAUAUUUCAAAGAGCAGAAAUACCCAGAUGCUGUGAAGCAUUAUACAGAGGCUAUAAAAAGGAAUCCCAAGGACCAUCGGGCAUUUAGCAACAGGGCAGCAAGCUACACAAAACUUGGGGCAAUGCCUGAAGGGUUGAAGGACGCAGAGAAAUGUAUUGAACUUGAUCCGACCUUUGCUAAGGGAUACAGCAGAAAAGGUGCUGUCCAGUUCUUCAUGAAAGAGUACGAGAAAGCUUUGGAGACUUAUCAAGAAGGAUUAAAAUAUGAGCCAAAUAACCAGGAGUUAUUAGAUGGCAUAAGGAGAUGUGUUGGUCAGGUUAACAAGGCAAACCGUGGAGACUUCACUCCCGAGGAAAUGAAGGAGCGACAGGCCAAGGGUAUGCAAGAUCCAGAGAUUCAGAAUAUUCUCCAAGACCCUGUAAUGAGACAGGUAUUGGUGGACUUCCAGGAAAACCCUAAGGCUGCUCAGGAGCAUAUGAAGAACCCUUCUGUGAUGAACAAGGUCCAGAAGUUGAUCAGUGCAGGCAUUGUCCAAGUGAAAUAGACUUCCUUUCUUAUUUUUUUUUGCUUCAUAAGGUUUUGUUUGUUCUAUUUUGCCUCCUUUUUGUUGAAUUAAUCUGAAAUUCCAGCAUUCAUUAAUUAGUAUUAUUUUGUUGUUGGAUAAAUAGAUGAAGGGAUUAUUGAUGAUGUUUGGUUAUAGUGUGGAUCCUAGUUUGAUUUAUUGGAUCAUCACAUUUAUAUUA